CUUGCCUUGUUGAACCGACUGUCUUGAGACCCGGCUGAGGCGAUACGUUUCCUUUUUAAUCAUUGUAAUGGUUCCUGGAAUGGAAGUCUUCUGUGUUAGCUCUGAGUGAUUUCUUGUGUUACUUGUAUCGGCUUACAAAAUGCAGACUUACUAUUAUUCAAAUUCAUCCCCAGAUCUUUCAUUUAUUUACAGUGUACAUCCGUAUUCUGACCCUGUCCAGCUUCCCAGUGCCAAAAACUAUGUGAAGUGACACUCUUUCUGGAUUUGAAAAGACAUUUCAUCAUGGGACAGCAAAUUUCCGAUCAGACGCAGUUGGUUCUUAACAAGUUACCAGAAAAAGUAGCAAAACACGUCACACUGGUUCGAGAAAGUGGCUCCUUAACUUACGAAGAAUUUCUCGGGAGAGUAGCUGAACUUAACGAUGUAACUGCUAAAGUGGCUUCUGGCCAGCAAAAACAUCUUCUUUUUGAGGUACAGCCCGGGUCUGACUCCUCUGCCUUUUGGAAAGUGGUUGUGCGGGUGAUCUGUACCAAGAUUAACAAGGGCAGUGGCAUUGUGGAAGCAUCUCGGAUCAUGAAUUUGUACCAGUUUCUUCAGCUUUAUAAAGACAUCACAAGUCAGGCAGCAGGAGUACUGGCAGAGAGCUCCACCUCUGAAGACCCUGGUGAAAACUCAUCAUCUGUGACAUCUUGUCAGGCUAGUCUUUGGAUGGGAAGGGUGAAGCAGCUGACCGAUGAGGAGGAGUGCUGUAUCUGUAUGGAUGGGCGAGCCGACCACAUCUUGCCUUGUGCUCACAGCUUUUGUCAGAAGUGCAUUGAUAAAUGGAGUGACCGACACAGGAAUUGCCCUAUUUGUCGCCUGCAGAUGACUGGAGCAAAUGAAUCUUGGGUGGUGUCAGAUGCACCCACUGAAGACGACAUGGCUAACUAUAUUCUUAACAUGGCUGAUGAGGCUGGCCAGCCUCAUAGACCAUGACCUUGGGGCAAGGUGUUUUGUUGCUAUUGUGGGCUCCAAACACUUGGGUCACGGAGAAAGCAUGCAGGGAUGUGUGGCACAGGCACAGGGAGCUCACUUUUCCCCACCCUCUCAUUUUUUCCCUUUUCUGACAGUUUGUCCCAUUUCUUUUGAUAAACUUUUCAUGUCUUCCAUUUAUGGUAAACUAAAAUUUGCUACUGUUUUAGACCGUGUUUUCCUAUUACUUACCUGUUCUAAUAUAGUAUAUUAGAACUAAUUGCUCUUGAAUACUUUGCUGAGGUAACCACAACAUUACCAGAGGCUUCUGAAGCACUGCUAUUUUUCAGGGUAGGAGUAUUCUGAAAUCUAUUUAGGUGGGUUUAAAAUAAACCGUGAAUGCUAAAAAGUUGUAGCCACUGAGAGAAAAUUUUAAAUGACUGAAAAUGUAGAAUACAUCAAAGUGCAUGUUACUACUUAAAUUAGUCUUUCUGCUGGAAUCUAAGGAGUAUGUAUGCCCCCUUGUGGUUAAUUACUGCUCCUUUAAUAAUUUUUACUUGAAAAAUUCCAUAGUUCUUUCAUAACAUUAGUCAUGUGUUUCAGAAUUACAUGGUUUUUACUUAAAAGGCUUUUUCCCCCCAUGCUGUGUAAUUUGGGUGAAGACUAUAAAGUCGGGUGCAACUUUGCCAUGUGAAUGGAUUUCUGAUGGGGAGUCUUCUUGACUGCUCUAGAAACGCUUUCCUGCAGCUGGGGAACUGUGCUACAUAGCUUUGGAAAAUGCUCAUACGUCUUGGAGUUUCAGAAGAAAAUUUUCAACCCUAAAUUUUACAUGUCCAAAUUAUGAAAAAUCAUUCAAUAUUGGUUUAUGGUACUUUUAUUUUCUUAACUUGAAAGCAUCUUUCUGAGGCCAAGACCACAAUUUUCUUAGCUUAAGGGAGAAGAAAAUAGGAUGUAGCCUUUUCACCAUAUGCAUAUAAAAACACCUCUGAAAACUAGGAGACAAUUUGGCUUUCUUACUGUUUCCUUCUACUUGUUUUGAAAUACUUUGAAAGAGUAUAGUCAUAAUGGAAUUAUAAUGUUCAGUGUCAGUUCAACCAUCUUUUUAAAAAUGUUUGCUUAUAAAGUAAAAUUUUUGUUUCAUGUUACAUUAUCAUUUCAGCAUGUAAUAAAACUAGGGCCUGAUGUCUCCUUUUAAAAGAAUGUUAAUAUUCCAUGUAACUUACCUGACUUCUUUAUAAAUUGCAAAUAUCUUCUGAAGUACCAAAGUAUACAAUUAAGGUUGCUGCUUAUUGAUGACAGAAUUCUUGGAUACUAGGAUUUUAAUAGGCAUGCAAAUUAAAUAAUUCAUUUUUGAUGUCUGACCAAAGGUGGCUUGACUUUUACCCCCAAAAUAUUGGUAACUAAUUGGUGGACAUUCACGAUGGGGGCAGGUCAGUACCAAGUUAGCACUCACUAUGGAUAUCUGUGCCAAGUCCUGAGCUCUGUCAUAUUGACCUGGCUGUGUACUUUAUGGUUGUGUGACCUUGAGAAAGUCCCUUCCUCGGCUUGUAGGUUCAUACUUUAGAAACUGGACUUCAUUUGUGGUGUUCACACUUUAUUUCAGCACUGGAAUUUUUUCCCCCAAGUACACAUGUGCACACACCACGUACCCAUUUAUAAAUUCAUGUUUUAUUAGUAUAAAUUUCCUUAUAUAAACUUCAUAUACUAUUAUACUAAAUAUUAUAAAGUCAGUCAGUGAAAACAUGUAUUAAUGCAUUGGUGACAUGCAGUAUAUUAGAAUCUGGUGAGUAACACAGCUGUAUGAUGGGACUUGGUUUUUAAAUUAAUUUUUUUUUUUUUCCAAAAAAAAUUUUAAGUUAAAUUCAAGUUAUAUUUGCAGUACCCUGACUCUCCUUCAUGGAGCAUUAGCACAGAACAUAUUUUUAAAAUCUUGGCAUAGAUGAUCCCCUGAUACAUUUUUUAGCUCUAAGAUUUUAAAUUGCCCUUUUGGAUUAGACUUGCUAAGUCCAAUUCAGAUUGCCUAAUUUAUGAUUGUUUCUGAAGGUGAACAGGGUUGCUUUAAGAUUUUUGGAUCCUUCCCAGGAAUAGCUAGUGAUUUUAUCUCUCAGAAUCUUUCACCUUUCAAGGAAUUAUUUUAACAGUAAGCACAGCAACUUAAUAAUGCCCAAACCUUUUUAUUUGUCAUUAUAAGCUCCAAGAAACUAACUCACCUACUGUGAAAUAUAAAAUGUUAUUCUUACUUAGCCUUAUCUAAUAAAUGAGCAAUUUUUUGUUCACUCCAUUAAACUGCGUAAUAAUUCUUAACAUGUGAAUAUUAGGUAUGUUGUAUUAUAAUAACUAAUCGUAAAAGUUGUAAAUAUGUUUAAUGGAUGAAAUGUAUACUUUUUGUAUUUGUAUAGCUUUGUCUUUUUAAUUAUGAGGUACUUAAAUGCACUUACUAUGAUAGGAAAUAUAAUGUGCCUUCUAUGAUUUGUAAAAUGGUUUCAUGAACUCUAAGAAAUUUAUGUUACAAAGUUUUCCCUUCCCUAACCCAGUAACAAAGGGUUUACUCAUCAUAAUGCUAUAGAACUUUAGUUCAAGAAAAUGGAUUUGACUAUGUACUGAAUUUAGAAGUUGACAGUAAUAGUAUUUGUUUUAUUCUUAGUAUAAACUGAUAAUAUUGUGCAAUAAAUAAUCUUUUUCAAGUAAAUUUUA